AUGACAGCGACAACAACAACAGCAACAACAACAAAAAUGAUGCUUGGAGCGAAAUACAACGAACUGAGGGAUUAUCUGCGUACUCCCCUUGGGCUUAUCAUAUUCUAUGUAUUUAUGAACAGCCUGGCCACAUCGAUCUGGAUGAGAAAUGCUUGGACUCCUCUCAUCUACCAGGUUUUUGGUAACAGUAACCUGUAUGUUGGAUUUAUGUCGGCUUUGAAUGGCACAUCUCAGAUGCUCUGUGCCAUAUUGGGGGGUCAUUUGUCGGAUAAAGUGCUUGGUCCGUCACCCACAUUAAUUCUUGCACUGCGUUUUGGUACGUUUUCAUUGCUUUUUAAUCUUGUCUCCGUAUGGAUUUCCAAUGUUUACAUUUUGAUUGUUGCCCAGGUCCUCUACGGCUCAUACUUGGGUGUGAGUAUUACGUCGGUUGAAUCUGUUUUUGCGCAGUGUAUCAAACAUGGUGAGCGGGAUCGUGUAUACGGCGUCAAAUUCAGCUUUGAGUCAUCGGGUCCUGUUGGGGGUCUUGUGAUUACUCUCAUUCUUUUUGCCCUUUUUGGAAAUGCCUGGCGUGUUGACGUGUUACGCUGGGUCAUUACAGCCGGGAUUGUGUUGCAUGUUACCUCGAUACAGGUGUUUUUGGCCUUCUUUAGGCCGCUUCCAAGUAACGCAGACGGCAAUCCGGAUAAUGCCUGCACAGUAGAAGCGAGUGAGAUGGAUGCGCCAGGGGAGUACGAAAAGGAGGAGUCACGUUCCCCACAUAUUGACGAAGAAAUUUAUGUUUGCACCGCAGAAGUUGUUGCUGCCUCCGUUCCAGGAACCCCAGAGACCACGAAGCCAAAGGCGGAUAGGCAAUUCCCCAAUACGUCUCAGCUUGAAAGCAGCGUGGAGGAAAGAAAUAAAAAAAGAGGCUUUCUGACGCUUAUCACGAUUCCUUUGGAAAAGUACCCUUACGUGGUUGCCUUGGCCGAUUUGGUCGUUACCGUGGGAAGUGGCAUGACGACACAGUACUUUCCGCUUUUUAUGAUGAAUAUUUACUUUAUUUCACCAAUGGGAUUAUCAACACUUGGUCUCCUGAUUGCCUUAUUAAUUUCUCUGCUUGCCAUCGUGAAUUCCCGCUUGGGAAGUAAGAUUGGAAGAGCGCGGGCAAUUUUUCUCCCAAAACUAGUGGGAACUUUUAUCUUGUUGUACAUGGCCCUUGCACGAGGGACUAGUGUGGGGCCCAAAUGGCUUAUGUGCAUUGCAUACGUACUGCGAAUGAGCCUUAUGAACUCUACUCUUGCUCUGAGUAGAGCCCUUAUCAUGGAUUUUGUAUCAGAAAAGCGUCGGGGUAUGUGGAGUGCUGUAGAGUCCAUUCAGACUGCAUCGUGGUCUGGUACGGCUCUCGUGGGUGGUUACGUGGCAGAUAAACUGGGUUAUGGUGCGGCAUUUAUUGUGACUUUUGGUUUCCACCUCACGGCAUGCACGAUGCUUCUUCCUUGUACGGUAAAGAAUGACACUGUGGCAGCAGCAAAAGCCUCGAAGGAAGACCCAAUGUCCGAGGAUAAUGAAAUGACACAUGUGCAUAAAACAAUACAGAGCAGCCCAGUUUCGUCCAGUGACGACGAUGUUGUGGUGCAAAACAUGGAUAUACAAGAAGGAGAACAAAUAAUAGUUGCCUAG